UGCAUUUCUAACCCGGUUCGCACUUCGGACCACAUCUCCUUGAAAUUGCAGAAGUUCAAGAACUCGCUCAAACCAGAGUUAGAUUUUUUUUGGAAAAUUUUAACGAAAAAAUCUUGAAAAAACGACAAACAUUUUUCUUAAUUCGUUUCAUUCCUGAUUCCACCAUUCAUUUUCCACCCAGAAAUACACACACACACACACAGUCGAAAUCAUGUCAAUCGCACCACAAACAACCACCAAACCAAAGGUCGUGAUUUGCAUCGGCGACAUCCAUGGAUACAUAACCAAGCUCCAAAAUCUCUGGUCCAAUCUCCAAACCCUAAUCCCACCUUCCGAUUUCCACUACGCCCACAUCAUCUUCCUCGGCGAUUACUGUGACCGAGGUCCCCAUACUCGCGAAGUUCUAGAUUUCCUAAUCGCACUUCCUUCCAAAUACCCAAAUCAAUCCCACGUCUUCCUCGCCGGAAACCAUGAUUUCGCAUUCGCAGCGUUUCUAGGAGCCAUCCCGCCGCCGCCAGACGGAUCGGCGUUUUCUGAUACGUGGGAGGAGUUUAAGCCGAGCGAAGAAAGAGAAGGGUGGUAUAAAGAUGAUGGAUAUGAGAAGAUGCAUUUGCAAGGAAGGAGAUGGGCUGGGAAGAUUACUGUUAAGUUUAAUACUGCUAAAGGAACAGAGUAUAAGGGUUCGAUUUAUGAUGCUGGAACCACAUUCGAAUCUUAUGGUGUUCCUCAUGGAUCUUCUGAUUUGAUGAAAGCAGUUCCUGAUAACCACAAAAAGUUUCUUUCUAAUUUGGUUUGGAUCUAUGAAGAGGAGAAUGUGUCCAUAGAGACCGAAAAUGGACUUCAAUCUUGUAAAUUAAUCGCUGUUCAUGGUGGUUUGGAAAAAGGGAAAGAUGUGAAAGAACAAAUUAAAUAUUUAAAGGCAAAAGACACAAGAAUUCCAAAGGUGGAGCCACUUAGUGGAAGAAAGAGUGUGUGGGACAUCCCCGAGGAAUUGAGCAAAAGCGCGACAAUUGUGGUAAGUGGUCACCAUGGGAAGCUUCAUGUGGAUGGUCUUAGACUGAUUAUUGAUGAAGGCGGUGGAAUGGAACAAAAUCCGGUGGCGGCGAUUGUGCUUCCUUCAAAAACUAUUGUCCGGGACACCGAUAAAUUAUAAGAAAUAUUAGAAUCAUAAGUAAAAAAAUGGUGAUAUUUUUUUUGUAGAGUCGAAUGUUGUGAUUCUUAUUAAUAAUUAUAAGAAAUAUUAGCUUCAUAAGUAAAAAAAAAAUGGUGAUAUUUUUUUUUUGUAGAGUCAGAUGUUGUGAUUCUUAUUAAUAAUUACAAUAAAUAUUAGCUUCAUAAGUAAAAAAAAAU